UUUUUUUUAUUUUAUUUUGUGAGCCUUUUCUAUUAAGCUUCAGUUAUUCAAUUUAUACAUAUAAGCUCUAUUAUGGACUAUCAAAAAACUAUUAUUAGAAAAUAUCCUAAACUUGCAACUACAAAAAAUACUGCAGAAGCAAAAUAUUGGAAGCGAUUCAAAUCUCCUAUUGUCAUUAAAGAAUAUGCGAGUGUAACUUCAAUUUUCUUUUCACCUGUUUCACCUUAUGACUUUGCUGUUACUUCAUCAACACGUGUACAAGUCUAUUCAUCAAAGACACAUCAACCUAAAAAGACCAUUUCUCGAUUUAAAGAUAUUGCUUAUUCAGGUAGUUUUCGUCAAGAUGGUAAACUUAUUGUCGCUGGUGAUGCUACUGGUCUUAUUCAAAUGUUUGAUGUUGGCUCUCGUGCCAUUCUAAGAACUUUUAAAGGUCAUUUAUUACCUACUCAAGUUACUCAAUUUUCAACUAACAAAUCUAAUAUUUUAUCAGCAUCAGACGAUAAAACGGUACGUAUUUGGGAUAUUCCAACAGGCGAAAGUGUAAAUAUUUUUGAAGAACAUGAAGAUUAUGUUAGAGCAGGUGUUGUUAGUCAAGAUAAUCCUAACUUAGUUGUCAGUGGUUCAUAUGAUCAAACUGUGAAAUUAUGGGAUAUGAGACAAAGUGGUAGUGUGAUGACCAUGAGCCAUGGUGCACCUAUUGAAUCUCUUUUGAUCUAUCCUAAUGGGGGAGCCAUCAUUUCUUCAGGUGGACCUGUUGUUAAAGUAUGGGAUUUAUUGAGUGGUGGACGUUGUAUUCAUACAUUAGGCAACCAUCAAAAGACAGUGACUAGUAUGUGUUUUGAUGGAACAGCAUCUCGAUUGGUGACAGGUUCAUUAGAUCAACAUGUCAAAAUCUAUGAUGUUCAGGAUUAUAAGGUUGUGCAUAGCGUAAAAUACCCUGCACCUAUUUUGAGUGUGGGACUCUCUCCUGAUGAUACUCAUCUUGCAGCUGGUAUGGCAAAUGGUUUAUUAUCUAUUCGUCAACGACAAUUAAAGGCCUCUGAAAAGACACUUAAGAAAAAGACACAAGAUUAUAUUCGAGGAGGAACUUAUAAAUAUUUUAUGCGUGGACAAUCCAAUACGGCCGUGAAUGAUGAUUAUGUUGUAGAACAUACAAAGAGACAGAGAUUAAGUAAAUACGACCAAUAUAUGAAAGUCUUUCAAUAUGCCAAUGCCUUGGAUGAAGUGUUACGAACUAAUAUUCAUAGUCCUGUCAUCGUCAGUGCUGUCCUUCAAGAACUUAUUCAUCGUGAUGGUCUUAAACAAGCUAUUACGGGUCGUGAUGACGUAUCAUUAGAACCUCUUUUACGUUUCUUAAUUCGAAAUAUUCAUCAGCCUAGAUUUACAAAUUUGUUAGUUGAUGUCUCAGAAGCUGUUAUUGAUUGCUAUAGUCGCGUAUUUGGACAGUCACCACUUAUUGAUGAUCUUAUAUCUCGUUUAACACAUAAAGUAAAACAAGAGAUUCAACUUCAAAAAGAUCUUAUCGAAACGAUGGCUACAUUAGAUAUGUUAUUUACUAAAUCAGGUUCAGCUGUUUUCAAUAAAUAGUAUAGAUUGAUUCCCUUUAUUCCUGUUAUUAUGGUUAAAUAAGAAUGAUCAAGUGAACGACAGGAGACUACUAUAGAAUAAUAAUAACAAUACUACUACUACUAGUAGUGGUAGUAGUAGUAGUAGUAAUAGUAGAAUUGCAAUGUCACUUGAUCAUUCCUAAUAUUAUAUUGUUGAUAUGUAGUAGCGGAU